UGCAGUCGUUAUAUUAUCCCCUCAUAGCGUGCAUGUUAAUUGCACAGUGGGAUUUUGUUUAUGCAGUCAACUGUAAGGUCUUUAAGUUUAAACAAGACUCAAUCAAACGCAACGCUACAGCCUCGUACAAAACACUCCCUUCUACGAGCCUCAUCCAGUGUGCUGAAACAUGUGCUGGAGAGUCUGAGUGCAGUUCCGUUUCCUUCAAUGAGGCGACUGAAACGUGUCACAUGAUGUCUGACACUGUCGGUCCCCAAGCAGAGUCUCUCAGGGAUGAGGGAAUGGAAUCAUAUACAUUGAUCACGAGGUGCCCACCUGACUACACCUUCAUCGAUGGGACGUGUGUGAAACUGUCCAGUGAAGCCAGUAAUUACACCUUAGCCUCAGACGCAUGCGCUAAAGAAGGAGCAGUGCUUGCUCAGAUGACGCCUGGCAGGAUGUUUCACGAAAUCGUCAGACACAUGUUUAAUAAUGGCCAGUCGCCAACAGGAUUUUUCAGGGUUGGCUCAACUGACAUUGAAGAGGAAGGUAUCUGGAGAUGGAACGAUGGUGCCUCGAUAAGUCAGUGGUGUAUGGGAGAUCCGAGCGACCUCAAUGGGGAGGAGAACUGCCUCAGCCUCUACGUGUCUACAGGUCUGGCUUGUUUUGUCGACUACACUUGCAUGGCGGACAUACAAUAUCUCUGCCAAAAACCGGCACUACGAGAUAACACUUGUUACUUGUGCAUGUAGCUGCUAAUGGUUUAUGUAAGCCCAACAUUGGAUUGUUCAAUUAAUAGUGACUUCACAGAUUCGAGAUGUUGGAGUCCAUCUUCUCUUUCGUCAUCGUUCGGCCAUUUCCCCCGCUACUCGGUGUUGAGAUGCUACCGUCUAACAAACAGAACAUCUGAUCACUAAAGUUUUGCAACACUCUUAAAAAGCUUGUAUUCGCAUAUGUGUAUCACUCACUGUGCAUCAAAAGCAUAUUGAUAUUACUUGAGU